AUGCUCCAGUUGUUUCUAAGGGAGCCAACAUGGGAACGCAGCAAUGGAGAUGAUGAAUUUUAUAAGCAGACAAAAUCUCUUCUUCUUGAAUUAGAACAAGUCAUCUGGUCAGUGUUGUCAUCUGGAGGUCGAUCUGAAGCUCGGCUUUGGCUAUGUAACACUAUUUCGGGCAUAAGCUCCAUUACUCCCCGUCGCCAACGAGACCUGUUUGUGAACCUGUUGAGAUCCAAGCCAAUCAAGCGGCACUUAGCAUCACAACUUCUGUAUUUGAUCUUUGAGAAGCAGCCCCAGAAGGUGGGGCCGAUAAUAGCAAAGGAAAGCCACAAGCUGGAGAACUUUUUCAAAGGCAAUGGUACCUUUUGUUUCGUGAAGCAGGAGAAGAAAACUUCCGUAGUAAACAGAAACCCAAGGCACAUUUUGCAAUGGUUCUCUAAUUUCUCUGCUACUGGAAAAUCUGGACAUGGUCCAGGUGCCAAGGCUCUCUCUCAAUUUGCUUUCAUAAACCGAGAUAUUUGUUGGGAGGAACUUGAGUGGAAAGGUAAGCAUGGGCAGUCACCUGCCAUGGUUGCAACUAAGCCCCAUUAUUUCCUUGAUCUGGAUGUUCAAAGAACGGUCGAGAAUUUUCUAGAGUACGUCCCUGAAUUUUGGUCAUCUCCCGAGUUUUCCGAGUCGUUAAAGGAUGGCAGUAUUUUGUCAGUCGAUACAAAAUUCUUCUCCAAUUUGUUCAUUGACUUGAUGUAUAAGGACAAACUUCAAGAAGUAUGGGAACUCAUAGAGGAUUUCCUCAUUGAGCAAUCUUUCUCAUUCUUAUGCCAUCACCUUCUUAUUAUCCUUGAAGAGCAGGAGUUGCAUGAGUUCCUAGAUAUGAUACCAAAAUAUGUUAAACUGAAUUCCGGAAUUUUUGGUUCGAGAACUAAUCUUGAGUGGUUUGAGGUUAUACUUUCAAUGUACGGUGGUUCGGGUACUGUUGAUCAUCUACUUCUACUAAACGCGGUGACUAAUCAAGGCCGCAAGCUCAUGCGCCUAUUGCAGGAAGAAGGCAGUGAAGAAGAAAAAGAAAAGAUAAAGGAUUUGGUCUAUCAACUUUCUGAGUCUACAAGUUGUGCCAAUGAUCUAGGCCCAGCAAUGGAACAAGGCCUAAAGAAAAAUCCAUUAGAAUAUGUAAAAUUUUUAGGUGUUCAUUCAUGGGCUAUACAUUUUAGACUAGCUGAGGAACUCCUUACCCCUGAGUCCUGGGAGUCUCUGUUUAUCAGCAAUGGGAUAAAUUUCCGCAAGUCUGACAGGUAUGCUUUGGUAAAUGAUGAUGAGUUUUCAGACGAUUGUGGAUCAGAUUAUGACAGAAAGUCUUCAGCUAAUCGAAAAUGCAAGAAGCAUAAAAGGCAUAAGAAGAAAAGAAAAAGAAAGUCUGAUCAUGCUGGAAACUAUGAGGAUGAGUUUUGUGAUUUUGAUUUAUCAAAUAACUGGCUAGAUCUGCCAUCCAAGGGGGGUGAUUGGUUGCUCUCUACUGAUGGAUAUUCAACUACAUGGAGUAGUGUGGAUUUGCCUGAUCAUCUUUCAAGGCAUUGCUUUAUCACAUGGUUGAAGUGGGCAUUUGUUAAGUGGGGCGUGGUGUCUUGA